CGCCUGUACAACAAAGAUGCUCUUCCCGCUCUUGCUUUGUCUCCUGGCAUUCAUCGCCCCGCUGGCUCGGUCCUGCAUCUAUCACGACUACUGCGUAGUCGGGGCUGGACCCAGUGGCCUGCAGAUGGGAUAUUUCCUGGAGAGCAAAGGUCGAGACUAUGUUGUGUUUGAGCGAUCGAAUAGUGCAGCUUGGUAUCAACGUCCAGUUCAACACAUCGGUCCAGCACAUCCAGCCAGUGGACAACAGCUCCGCCCCCGACGGUCACUUGUACAGGAUGGAAGACCAGAGGGGCCAGUGCUACGAGUGUCGGACUUUGGUAGUGGCCACUGGAAUAGCUACGCCAAAUAUCCCUGACAUGAAGGGCAUGGAGCUGGCCCAUGGGUAUGAGAACAUGUCACUUAACACAGACGAUUAUGAAGGCAAAACUGUUCUCAUUCUCGGUCGCGGAAACACGGCUUUUGAAAUAGCGACAAGCCUCUACGGCUCCACCAACUACAUCCAUAUGAUCGCCCGCUCUAGGGCAAGGCUAUCCUGGUCAACGCACUACGUGGGAGAUCUUAGGGCUGUUAACAACGAACUUCUGGACACGUACCAACUGAAAUCUCUGGACGCUGUGUUGGAGACAGACCUGGAUGAUUUGGCGCUAAUCAAACGGGGAGACAAGAUCUAUUUCAGCUACAAGGACGAAGAUUUUUUACCCACACGCUUCGACAACUCGGCGCUGCGCGACCCGUACGACAUUGUGAUUAGAGCGCUGGGCUUCAAGUUCGAUGACACCAUCUUCAAUAACACAAGAAUCACGAGAGGCAAGCACCGGGCCUCGAAGUACCCUGCCAUCAACCACAACUACGAGUCGGUGGACAAUUCUGGAAUGUUCUACGCCGGAACCGCCUCUCACUCCCUCGAUUUCCGGAAGUCUGCAGGGGGCUUUAUUCACGGUUUCAGAUACACUGAUGCUGGGCGAUAUCGCAAUAUUCUCAAAAGACGGCCAGUCAGCUCAGUACAUCGAGGAGUUCCCCAUCCACUUACUGCACGAGCUCACACAACGAACUGGGAUCCCGGCCUCCGAAGUACUGGUCAUUGUUAUGGAGUACGGAAAGAACUUCUCGGGACCUGGUAAUGACAUCUUUCGUAGUGACCGCGCAGUAGGAGAACCGUACGAGGCCCACGAGUCCAAUUUCCUGCACCCUGUCCUUUAUUACUACUCGUCACUACCAACAGAAUCCAUGAUGAAGUCUCGAGGCGCCAAAGACACGCUGCCCAGGCCUGACGCCCUUCACCACAUCGUGGAGGAUUUCACGGCCUUCUGGAUGUCCCAGCACAGCCACAUCUUGCCCCUCCGUCGCUUCCUGGAGAACAUUGCCAGCACUGACCUCAGGUCCUUCUUCUCCUCCAGCUGCUUCGAGGCGGCCAUGAAGUUCCCGGAAGUGCCAGACAGCUGUGGCCGGGGCUACAUGGAGGGACGAGGGUUGCUGGGAACGCCAGAGCUUCACCGCACCGCAAUCAAAUACGGCCUUUCGAAUAUAAUUUAAGCAGUGCGCAAGCCCAGAACAACAAGAUUCGUUCUCAAAUACAUUCUGGGUGGUUUU